CAUAUUUACAGUUAUUAAGACAAAAAAUUAAUCCAAUGAAAACAUAUUCCAAUUUUCUUCUCUUUUUUUUUUAAAAUGUACAAUUCUGCAUUUUCAGCUAUGCUUUUGUUGAUCAUGUUCAUUUUCUCCAUUAAAGUUUCUUCAAAUCCUCUUUAUACUUUUUGUUCAGACAAUACAGGCAAUUACACAAGUAACAGCACAUUUGAGAACAACCUUAAAUGGGUACUGGACUCCUUACCAUCCAAUACUUCGGGUACAGGUUUCUAUAGUACCUUGAUCGGAGAAGGCGUCGAUCGCGUCUACGCACGAGCGCUUUGUCGGGGAGACGUGAACGCUACGUUAUGUCGAAAUUGCGUUAAAAACGCUAGCCGAGACGUCCUUGACGGUUGCAAGACCUUAGAAGCAAUCGUAUGGUAUGAUGAUUGUCAAGUUCAGUACUCAUUUCAAAACAGUUCGUUGAUGGUAUAUACCGGAAAAUACCCAGAUUCGAACAACAAAGAGAAAAACAUAUCGAAUCCCGGUCGGUUUGAUGAUGUAUUGACGUUUUUAAUGAACAAUGUAUCGAACGAUGCAGCGUAUGAUUCCGAGUUGAUGUUCAAAACUGGAGAAGUGAAGGUUAAUAAAAAGGAAACAUUAUAUGGGUUAGUUCAAUGUACAAGGGACAUUGUUGGUGAUACAUGUCGUAGCUGUUUAGCUUCAGCACUUAAAGAUCUUAAUGGCUGUUGCCGGUCUCGGACAGGGGGAAGUGUUCUUAGUAGGAACUGUAACGUGAGGUUCCAAAUUUAUAAAUUUUAUAAUGUCAUGAAUUCUCCAUUAAUAUACGCUGAAUCCAAAACAGGUAUAUGA